AGUGAAAAUCGUCGGAUCUGCUGGCGAUUAGUUGACAAUUAUCAAUAUCUAUAUUAAUAAAUAAAUAGCUUUUAUUAUAAAGCCGAUUGCAGUGUAUACGGAUCUUAUGUAUGAUAAUGUAUAUACUCCAGUGAAGAUACAGACAAAUUUGCGAAGCGACCGCUAGUUUCACUGCUAUUAACAUCGGUGGUGCGAAAAUUGCAAUUUUGGUGUACCAAAAAAAGCAAAUUGAGCCGAGCCAUCUAGGAAAAGGCAACGGACCAAACGGGGAGCAUACAAGAUCAAAAGGGAAAAAUUAUUGUUUCAAACGCUGCAAUUAAAACAUCAAGCCUAAAGUUCAAAUACUUAAAGGCCGCUGUGCAAAUUCCAAGUGUGACUAGUAGUGCUUAAAAAAAGUCUAAAUCUAAAGCUAAUUGCUGCUUAAAUGACGAACAAUUGACAAUUAAAAAAAGAGUCAAAAAAAAAGGAGAAUUCACCGUAUUCACCGUCAUCCAACCAAAAAUCUACGAAACGAAUAUAUACAAAUAAAAGAGGUCACCAAAAAAAAAAAAAAAAAAAAGCAAAAAUUGUUAUAAAAAAGUCACACAGCUUUAUAUUCUACGAGACCACAGAACCAAAGAAAACAAAGAGAACAGACCUCCCAGGCGCACAGAAGUUGUGUGUUUAGAAAAUUUUGCACAAAAACCCCAAGUGAAAACUCAUAAAACUUCCGUAUUUGCUAAAGUCGGCUGGAAAAAACACAUAUAUAAACAUAUAUAUAUAUAUAAAAUUUAUACGGGCCGCUUAUAUGUUUAAAUCGUCAACCUGCGGAAUUUACUCGCGUUAACAAAGGCGGUAGCAAUCAAAAUAUUUUAAAACUUUGAAAGCACGAAUUGCCACGUCGAAGCAGGAGCCGCUGCGACUCAGUGAGAGGACAGACAGACACGCGAAGAGCGAGCGAGAGUGAGUGAGAGAGCGCAAGCGAAACGAAGAAAAUUAUUAGAAGCAAAGCAAGAAAGGAAGGAGCCAGACUCUUUGGAAAUAUAAGAUGAAUGAGCUAGACAGUCUCAGACAAGAAGCGGAAUCUCUUAAGAAUGCCAUUCGAGAUGCACGAAAGGCGGCAUGCGACACGUCCCUAUUGCAGGCGGCAUCAACACUGGAACCAAUUGGCCGCAUACAAAUGCGCACACGCCGUACACUGCGCGGUCAUUUGGCCAAAAUCUAUGCCAUGCAUUGGGGCAAUGACUCCAGGAAUUUAGUUUCGGCCUCACAGGAUGGUAAACUGAUCGUCUGGGAUUCGCAUACCACAAACAAAGUGCAUGCCAUACCGCUGCGCUCGUCCUGGGUGAUGACAUGCGCAUACGCUCCAUCGGGAAGCUAUGUGGCCUGCGGUGGCCUCGAUAAUAUGUGUUCAAUCUAUAACCUAAAAACGCGCGAGGGUAAUGUGCGUGUGUCCCGCGAGCUGCCCGGCCAUGGCGGCUAUCUGUCAUGUUGCCGUUUCCUGGACGACAAUCAAAUUGUGACCAGCUCAGGUGAUAUGUCGUGCGGUCUAUGGGACAUCGAAACCGGCUUACAGGUCACCUCAUUUCUGGGACAUACGGGAGAUGUGAUGGCUCUAUCUCUUGCACCCCAAUGUAAAACAUUUGUAUCCGGCGCCUGCGAUGCAUCCGCCAAAUUGUGGGAUAUACGAGAAGGUGUAUGCAAGCAAACGUUCCCUGGCCACGAGUCUGAUAUCAAUGCUGUCACCUUCUUCCCCAAUGGACAAGCGUUUGCGACAGGGUCCGAUGAUGCCACCUGCCGUCUCUUCGAUAUACGCGCCGAUCAAGAGUUGGCCAUGUAUUCGCAUGACAACAUCAUAUGCGGCAUCACCUCCGUUGCGUUCUCAAAAAGUGGACGCCUCUUACUAGCGGGCUAUGAUGAUUUCAACUGCAAUGUCUGGGACACAAUGAAGGCAGAGCGCUCCGGCAUCUUGGCUGGCCACGAUAAUCGCGUCUCAUGUCUGGGCGUCACCGAGAACGGCAUGGCAGUGGCAACAGGAUCGUGGGACUCGUUCUUGCGCGUGUGGAACUAAGCUCGCUCUUGGUCCUUGGCACAAAUAUGCGUAUUCAUGGGCAGAAGAGCAGCAGAAGUAAAAUAUAAUAGAUGAAGAAGCAAAAAUAUAAGAAGGGUAGGGUCAACGUGAUGGUGGUUGCACGUAGUCAGCGUUUAAGCAGCAGCAGCGGCAGCAACGUCGGCGGCAGCAGCAGCGACAAUAACAACAGCAACAACACGACAUCCCCCGUUUAUGAUGGGUUUAGAAUUACACACAUAUGUCGCACCACACAAAACAUCAUCAUCAUUGUGCUUUGGUGUCAAUGGUUCCUCGUUACUGUUGUUUGUCUAUAAAACAGGGACGCAUAGCAUACAUUUAUUAAACAAAUACAACAAAACAAAAAAAAAAAA